GGAAGAGCAGCAGCUCGGGGCUGUCCAUGUCCCAGGGGAUUCCAGGGUGCUGCUCCCAGGCACAGUGAUCCCGGGGGAUUCUGGUGUUCCCCAGCCGCUCUCCCUGGGAUUUCUUCCCCAAGGAUUCCUUUGCUUUACCAUUGUGGAUGAAGCAAAGAGAAAGGGGAGCUCCUGGCCCCAAAGGGGACAGGAAGAUACUGAAUUUUAGGGAAAUGAGCCGGGAAUGCAAACUGGGAGAGUGGGAUUCACCCAGUGCAGUCCUUGGUAAAUCCAGGGUUCUUGAAUCCAAGGAGAAACUGGGGAUGGGGUGUUUGGAUGAAUCUGAGCAGGGUGAGAGGGAUUUAAAAAAACCCAAAAUAAUGUAAAGAAAGCAGAAAAGGAAAGGGGGCUCCUGGUUCUAUUCCCCGGCAGCUGGGAGGAUGCUCUCACUCCCAGUUCGGGAGGAGCAAGACAGGAGUUGUUCCAUCAUGCCAAGAACUGGGAGCAGGCCCAGGGAAGAAGGGGCCAUGGAGGGGGAUCGGCCCUGCCGAGCUCCGGCAUCGCCGCAUCCCCUCCAGGUCCGGGCGAGCUCCUCCCGGCUCCGGGCCAAGGACAACAGCGGCAACCCGAGCCCUUCCCGCGGAACGGGGGGCCCGUGUUUACCCUGGAGCCGGAGCCGGGGGGCCCCGAGCCGAGGGCCGAUCCCGGGCCGGCAGAGAAUUCCCCGCUGUCCCGCUCUCAUGGCGCUGCUGUUGGGAGCGGUGCUGCUGGCGGCGGGCGCCGCGAUCCCGCCGGGAAUGCCGGCCCCCCGCGACCUGGCCCGCUCCGUGCUGGAGACCCACGGGCAGGACCUGCGGCUGCUCAAGCUGCUGGGAGUCACCAGGACGAGCUUCGACUGGGGAACCCACUUCAGCAUCAACUUCACGGCCCGGCAGCCGCCCUGCCCCAAACCCGCCCCGGACCCCCGCGGCUGCCGGGGCCGCCCGGGCAGGGUGCAGCGGUGCUCGGCCCAGGUGUCCGUGUUCACCUUCCUGCCCGACGUGCCGCUGUCGAUGGUGGAAUGUGGCGAGGAGCCGCAGCCCGGUGGCAGCGCCCAACCCCGCUCCCCUGGCAACCCAAAAACCUUCAGCGCCAACCCAGGUCACUCCUCCUCAUCAUCCUCCUCCUCCUCGCGGCCCCCCCCGCGGCCUCGCCCCCCCAGCGCGUCCCCCCGGGGGUCAUCCCGCCGCCCCCCGGCCCCAACGGAGCUGGAAUAAAGAGAUUUCGGGGUCAGA